GUACUAACCACUAUCAAGUAUCAACAGCCCUUAUUAUCCGUCCCUAGAUUAUCCGUGAUGUGCUCAUAUGUGCAUACCACUUCCAUCUUCAUGCAGCCGGACUUGCCCCCCGGCAGACAGACAAGUCACAUACCGCACCCUCCACAUGAGAAGUGUUCAAUUUCUUCUGCUACUCGGCUCUAUCGUCAGCAUCCUGGUCCCCGCAUGUCAGUGCUUGCUCAGUACCAACUGUAUGCGGACCAGGGUCCGUGAAUGUACUGCAACUGCACUCCAUACUCUUAGCACCUACCUAUACUACAUGCAAUCUGCCUUGCGUCAUGGUCAAAUAAUGAGACAUGUCCACUCACAAAAGAGCAAGGCACUAGCCUCCAUGCCGCCACAACCGCGAGGGUAUCGGUAUCAGAAGGGACUAACCCGCAGUUGGUCGAAGGAAAACAUCGGGCAUCCGCACAGCCAUACAGAACCUCCCUUUUUCCUGACUCUGUCUUCCUUUCAUGCUGCAUUCCUGAAACAAGAUUGCAUGCUGUACGAGCUAAAGCCCCAGGGUUCGGGGAUUGUAGGGAUUUGUUGGUCAGCGGACCCAUCCCGAACCAUUGGACUUCCUAGUAAGAGGAAGAAUGUCCUGAUCCUGAACGGGACUAGCUGCUAGACUGGGUAUAUACUGAGACAUUUUAAGGUUACCAUAAUUACGUCCCGGAACCGAAGUUUGACCUUGCUCCAAUGGAAGGAUGAAGGAAUAUUCGAUUCAUUCAACAAGCCUCCCCCCGUCUUGGGCCUUUUUUUACUUUUCCUCAGCCGAC